AUGAGUUAAUAAAGAGGAAUAGGAACUAAUGUAAAUUUUAAAGUAUUUGCUCGUAUAAAACCAAUAGAAAUUCAAAACAAAAUUAUUGAAAUUAACUAAGAUAAUACUGUAAUAAUAAAAGACAACUCAUCAAAAUAUAAAGACAAAACAACUUUUUAAUUUAAUGGAGCAUAUGAUAUAACAGUAAAUCAAUAAACUGUAUGGGCCAAUACAUGUGAACCUUGCAUUUUAAAAGCAAUAGAAGGUCAUAAUAGCUGUAUUUUAGUAAAUGGAUAAACAAAUAGUGGUAAAACAUAUACUUUAUAUGGAGAAGAUGAAAGAUAUUAUAUUAAAUCUACAUCAAUAUUUAAUGGUGUUAAAAAAGAUAGAAGAGGACUUAUUCCUAGAACAAUUGAAUAUUUGUUUAGAAAAAGUUAAGAAUUAGAAGAUAUUAGAGAAUUUGUUAUUAGUUGUUCAAUAGCUGAAAUUUUUUUGGAUUAAGUUAGAGAUUUGGGAAAAGCAGUUAUUUAUAAUUAAUAAGAUGUAGAAAUUAAUUAAGUUAAUGAUAUGUAUUUUAAUGAAAAUUUAACUAUUUAUGAAAAUACUAAUGGAUAAAUUGUUGUGAAAGAUUUAUAUUAUUAUUAAAUUAAUAAAGUUAUAUAUUUUAUUUUUUUAAACUAAAAACAUAAAAAUAAUAUAAAAAAUUUGUAAUAUUUUAAAAAUAAGAUUUUCACUAUAAAUAUUGUUUAAAAAGAUAAAGAGAAUGAAAAUAUACCGUUUAUGAGCUCUUUAAUGUAGUUUGUUGAUCUAGCUGGUAAUUAAAAAAUAGCUAAAAGCAUAACAGAAGGACAUAAAUUUUAAGAUGCAGUUUUAAUUAAUUAAUAAUUAACAUCUUUAGGAAAAUGUUUACAAUAAAUUGCAAAAUCAAACAAAUCAAUUCCUUAUCGAGAAUCAAAAUUAACUCGUAUUAUAUAAAAUUGCUUAGGAAUAUCAUCUCAUGUUAUAUUAAUAAUUACCUUAAAUCCUGAUGAAUAAUUUUUUGAAGAUUCUUUAUCUACACUUUAAUUUGUAGAAAAGAUAAAAAUAUUUUAAAAUAAAAACUAAAGUGGGAUUAUUUAAAAUAACUUUGCAAAUUGUUCAAAUGAAAAUUAAUUUGAAUAAGAACCAACAAAUAAUGUAAAUGAUUAAAUGCUUAAAGGAUUAAGAGAUUAAAUAUAAGAAUUGAUGGAUAAAAUCGAAUAUAUAAAAAGAGAGCAUAGUUAAAAAAUGUCCUAAAUUUAAAAUCUAUUAGGCUUAGAAGUUGAUUUAGAUAAAUUAUUAUCAAGAUCUUCUCAAAAAGACUUACAAUAAUUUAAAAUGUAAAGAGAAGCUGUCAUAAAAAUUGAAAAUUUUUAAAAAAUAAACUAAGAACUAGAAAAUAAAAUCGAAAGAUUAAAAAAAUGUAUAGAAGAAAAUAGAGAUGAAGAAUUUAAAAAAUAAGAAAAAUAAUCAUGUCAAAUAAUAGAAUAUAUGGAAUUGAUAAGAAAAAUAAAAGAUUAAUAAAACAUGAGCAAAAUGAAAACUAUAGAGUCAAUAAGAAAAAAUAUUUAAGAAAGAGAAAAAGAACUGGAAUUAAUGAAUAAAAAAUAAUAAAUUUUAAAUGAAGAAAAAUAAAAUAUGAUUAAAAAUCUACCUGACAAUAUAAAAAAAUUAAAUUUACCUAUUAAAAAUUAUAAUAUAGUAAAAUAAUAAACAUUGAUUUAAAUAGAAAGUUAAUCUGAUGCAUAUUUUAAAAAAAUAUAAAAAUAGUACGAAAAAAUAAUAGAAGUAACUAAAUAAUAAUAAGAAUAUAUCCUCAAAAAUUAAAAUCUAGAAAUGGAAUAAUUAUAAGAAUAAGUAAAAUUAUAUAGCUAAUAAAAAAAAUAAUAUUUAAUUUAACUUAAAUAAGAAUUUAUUAAUUUAUAUGAUAUUGUUUAAACUUAAAAUCGUAUAUUAUCAAAAAUUUAAGUAAUUACUUUAAAAUAAUAAAAUAUAUAAUAAAAUAUAGAUUGGAUAAUACAAUUAUUUAAAUUAUUAGAUUAAAGACAUUUAAAAUCAUAAUAAUCUAAAGUUAAAUUAAAGGAGAAUCUGAUUUUUCUUAAUUAAAAUAACUUGCUAAUAUUUUAAAAGAUUCUUUAUAGUAGAUUUUUUAAAAAAAAUAUUUUAAAUUUUUUUAUUAUAAAAAAAACAUAAAAAGAGUAGCUAUAUAAAGAGAAAAAAAUUUAAAAGAAAAAGUUAAAGAAUUCGAAUUUAUUAAUAAUGAAGUUGAUAUUAAGUCUAUUAUUAAAGAAAGAGAUGAAUAUAAAUCAUUAUAUAAUUAAGAAAUUAAAAAAAGUAAUGUUGUUUCAAGAAAUUAUUCCUCUUAAAUUAAUGAUACUUCUUAAAGGAAGUUUUUUAUAACUUCAUUAAAUUAAUAAACUAUUGAUAAAUAUAAUUACUCUGUGA